UGUUUCGACAUUUUUUGCUGCCGACCCGAGUCAGGGUGCAAGUCCCGAUCCGCCGUUGCUUCUUCAGCCUCGUCCCCUCCCAGCUCCAUAGCCUUUGCUCCUUCUUCGUGUUCCUGCCUCGUGCUUCAGCUGGCUCUAGCUUCUCGCCUCUGCUUAUGCUUUGUGUGCUUCUCGCUGACCUUCCCUUCGUGCUUCGUGAUCGUGAGUUCGUGUGCUUCUGCCUUCUUGCUCUAGGUUCGUCGCCUCUCCAAUUGUUCUUGACUUUGCUGUUCUGUCAUUGGAAUUCGAAGCAUAAUGUGCCUCCCAAAAGCGAGGGAUUGCUCUUUGAAGUGUCAGUAUAUUUUUAACGGAAAUUAUUUGAGUGUGAUUGGCUGUGGGGAGAGACUAUGGUCUUGCUGAAAUUAAUGUGACUUCACCGGCCUUUGGAUACUUCUAUUGCAAAAGUGAAGAAUUUAAAAUGAUCGACGACUUUGUGUUAGUAAGAACUAUGCUUUUUGUUCUGGAGAAUGAGGCUUUUAAUUGCCAGAUCAGUGGCUUAGCACAGUUGGUCAUUUAUAAUUUCCUAGCCUUCGUAAUUUUUUUAGUUAAUCUCAGAAGCGAUGCAUUGUAAUGCUUCCAGAGUGUUGACAACGGAAUUGUCUUGUGGGAACCUAAAGUGAAGGAACACACGCCGGGGGGUAGUGGAGAAUAGAGCAAUCGCUAGUGUGAUUCCGGGGAGCAUGGUCAAGGAAAUGCUUUGGUUGUUACUCGUAUUCCCUGAGGCUGCUUCCUCUCACAAAUCCUAAUGGAAUGACAUUGAAGGCCAAGGUGACUUGAACGGUAAAGUUGUGAAACCCUAAUAAAUCAGGGCUCUACAGUAGGCGCGUUAUCUGAUCUCAUCACUGGACUCUGAGCACCAUAACAAUGAAGUUCCCGAUAGAAGAUGUUACAGUGUACUUCCCCUAUGAUAACAUUUACCCAGAACAAUAUGCUUACAUGCUGGAGCUGAAGCGAGCUCUUGAUGCUAGGGGCCAUUGCCUCCUUGAAAUGCCAACAGGCACAGGCAAGACUAUUGCCCUCCUUUCCUUGAUCACCAGCUACACUCUCUCCAAACCCCAGAACCCAGUUAAGCUUGUCUAUUGUACUCGCACUGUCCAUGAGAUGGAGAAGACUCUUGCUGAACUCAAAUUACUCCACAAUUACCAGCUUCAGCAUCUGGGUCCCUCUGCCAAGAUCUUGGCUGUGGGAUUGUCUUCAAGGAAGAAUCUCUGUAUCAAUCCCAGGGUUUUGGCAGCGGAGAAUCAGGACUCAGUUGAUGCUGGCUGUCGCAAAUUGACUGCAAGCUGGGUCAGAGCAUUGGCGGCUGAGAACCCAAGAAUCCCCACUUGUGAGUUCUUUGAGCAGUAUGAGAGGGCCGGUUCUUCUGCAGUUUUGCCGCCUGGAGUUUAUACCUUACAGGAUCUGAGAGCAUUUGGGAAGGAGAAAGGGUGGUGCCCAUACUUUUUGGCACGACAUAUGGUUCAAUUUGCAAAUGUCGUGGUCUACAGUUAUCAAUAUUUGCUUGAUCCUAAAGUGGCUAGCAUAAUAUCUAAGGAGAUGCAGAGAGAGUCUGUUGUUGUUUUUGAUGAGGCUCACAAUAUUGAUAAUGUCUGUAUUGAAGCGCUUAGUGUGAGUGUCAGGAGGCAGACUAUUGAAGGUGCUAGAAGAAAUCUCCAUAAGAUGAAUCAGGAAAUUGACAAGUUCAAGGCCACUGACGCAGGUAGACUACGUGCUGAAUACAACAGGCUUGUUGAGGGCUUGGCUCUAAGAGGAGACCUACCUGCUACGGAUGGUUGGCUUGCAAAUCCAGCUUUGCCUGAUGAUAUUCUAAAGGAGGCUGUACCAGGCAACAUUCGCCGAGCUGAGCAUUUUCUUCAUGUUUUACGUAGAUUUGUUCAAUAUCUUGAAGGGCGCCUUGAAACUGAGAAUUUGGAGAAGGAAAGCCCUGUAGCCUUUGUUACCUCUAUUAUGAAUCAUGCUGGAAUUGACCAAAAAACACUCAAGUUCUGUUAUGAUCGCCUGCAUUCAUUGAUGUUGACACUGGAAAUUACAGAUACUGAUGAAUUUCUACAUAUCCAAACUAUAUGUGAUUUUGCCACACUUGUUGGCACAUACGCUCGUGGUUUUUCCAUUAUAAUUGAACCUUUUGAUGAGAGAAUGCCACAUAUUCCAGAUCCUGUGUUGCAGCUUUGCUGCCAUGAUGCUUCUCUUGCGAUAAAGCCUGUUUUUGAGCGAUUUCAGUCAGUUGUGAUUACAUCUGGCACUCUCAGCCCAAUAGAUCUAUACCCUCGUCUUCUGAAUUUCAACCCAGUUGUCAGUCGAAGUUUCACAAUGUCCCUAACAAGAGAUUGCAUAUGCCCCAUGGUUCUUACACGGGGCAGUGAUCAGCUCCCUGUCAGUACCAAAUUUGAUAUGAGAAGUGACCUUGGGGUAGUAAGGAAUUAUGGGAGGCUACUGUUGGAGAUGGCUUCAGUUGUUCCAGAUGGAAUUGUAUGUUUCUUUGUCAGCUACUCAUAUAUGGAUGGAAUAGUCAAUAGCUGGAAUGAAAAUGGAAUUUUGAAGGAAAUAAUGCAACACAAGCUUGUUUUUAUUGAGACUCAAGAUGUGGUAGAAACUACAUUGGCUCUUGAUAACUACCGCAAGGCUUGUGAUUGUGGAAGAGGUGCUGUCUUUUUCUCUGUUGCUAGGGGGAAAGUUGCUGAAGGUAUAGAUUUUGAUAGACAUUAUGGCAGACUUGUGAUCAUGUUUGGUGUACCUUUCCAAUAUACAUUAAGCAAAAUUUUGCUAGCACGCCUAGAAUAUCUACGUGAUACUUUUCAAAUCAAGGAAGGAGAUUUUCUGACUUUUGAUGCCUUGAGACAAGCUGCUCAAUGUGUAGGCCGUGUUAUUCGGUCGAAGGCUGAUUACGGGAUGAUGAUUUUUGCUGACAAAAGGUACAGUCGUCAUGACAAACGUUCCAAGUUGCCUGGUUGGAUACUGUCUCAUUUACGUGAAGCUCACCUGAACUUGAGCACUGACAUGGCUUUGCAUAUAGCACGUGAGUUCCUUCGGAAGAUGGCACAACCAUAUGAUAAGACUGGGGAAAGUGGCAAGAAAACUCUAUUAUCCCAACAAGACUUGGAGAAGAUGAUGCUUGAAGGUAAAAUGAACGAUGUUUUGCUUUGAGACCUUGGCCCGCCUUCAUGACCUGUUCAUUACUUUUGAAUCUGCUUGAGGGGAAGAUUUGACAGAGGAAUUGAACUGUGCCUGAUGUAUUUUUGUGUUCAAUUAAAUUAAACAGUUUUCGAGAAUCGUUGUGGACUGCAUCAAUUUUGUUUAGUGGGUGAUGAUUAAUAUAAUUUGGUUAAAAGUA